ACAAGGAGUUAAUUGUGUAUAUGGGCCUUCAAUUAAUUUCCUAGGCCCAAUGUUUUACAAUGAGGAAAAAUAAAUUGAUGUUCUAGGGUUUUAACAAGGGUUGCUUUUUUCGCAGGUAGCAGCUUCUCGCAGGAAUAGGAGUAUAUAAUUGUAGGAAGAUGGCGGCAGCAGCAGUAGCAUAUGCAGCAGUGAAGCCAGGAAAGCUGGGCCUAGAAGAGCCUCAAGAACAGAUUCACAAGAUUCGAAUCACACUGUCAUCCAAGAAUGUUAAGAAUCUUGAGAAAGUUUGCACGGAUCUGAUUCGUGGAUCCAAGGACAAGAAAUUGAGGGUGAAGGGACCUGUAAGAAUGCCAACCAAGGUUCUUAACAUCACUACCAGGAAAUCCCCCUGUGGUGAAGGAACAAACACAUGGGACCGAUUUGAGCUUCGUGUUCACAAGCGUGUUAUUGAUCUUUUCAGCUCUCCAGACGUCGUUAAGCAGAUCACCUCCAUCACUAUUGAACCUGGUGUUGAGGUUGAAGUUACAAUUGCGGAUCCUUAAAUGCUUUAUUUGUUUGUUUUUUAGUCUGGGGAGGUAAGUCUUUGAGAUAUUAUUUUAUGUAGGACUUGUGCAAUUACAAAGAAUUUUUGAGUAAGAUAUUUGACUGGAAGGGUUUACUGGUGCUUAUUAUCAUUCAUUUACCUGUUUUCU